CGCUGGGGCUAGCUGUGCCGGGCCAGCCAGCGGCCCACUGUAGCGCGUUGCGGCCGGCCGGACCCUGCGGGCUGUUCUUCGGAGAGCUGGGCUUCAAUGGCCACCCUGGCUAGGGAGAAAAGAGGACUGCUUAUGCGGAGAGCUUGCUUUUGUUUUGUGCAGAGUCGUCUUUGUAGUGGGAUAUUGAAAUAUGACCCAAUGCCUGUUUGUUUGCAAUAGCUGCAAGCCUCGUAGCAGAGAUUCAAGUGGGAAACGGAGGGGGAAUCCAGAGACAAAGCGGCGGGGGAAUUAGGAACUGUGACGACGUGCCCUCCCUCCUGUGCCGGAGCAAGCAAAGGAAGGAGAGGUAGAGGAAAAAAGACUGAGCCUUGCAAGCAACCGUCACCCUGACGAUGUGUCAGUCAAACACCCUGCAGGGACCAGAUCUACACACAGGGAAAUGGUGAGAUGCUAUAAAGCUUUAUCUAACCCUCCACCCUCUUGCUACAACCUCCGCAAAGUUAAAAUCCAUGUCCGGAGGCUACGUUCAGGGAACGGCGGCAGCAGCAGCUUUGCCUGGGACCAGCACCCACAACUGGAGAGCCCAGGCCCUGCCGGCUCUGCCGGGGGGACACCAAAUAGGAGAAGCCGUUUCAGGUUGCAAUUCCCCCAGCUGGCCCUGAGGCGAAGGUUGGGCCAGCUGAGCUGUAUGUCUAGGCCUGCUCUGAAACUCCGUUCUUGGCCUCUGACUAUUCUUUAUUAUCUUCUGCCUUUCGGUGCUCUUAAACCCUUGACCAGAGUGGGAUGGAGGCCCAUGAGCAGGGUUGCUCUCUACAAAUCGGUACCGACUCGGCUGCUCUCACGGGCCUGGGGGCGCCUGAACCAGGUGGAGCUGCCUACAUGGCUCCGGAAGCCUGUGUACAGCCUCUACAUCUGGACCUUUGGAGUGAACAUGAAGGAGGCAGCUGUUGAAGAUUUGCAUCACUACAGAAACCUCAGUGAAUUCUUCCGCAGGAAGCUGAAACCGCAAGCCCGGCCUGUCUGCUCUUUGCACAGUGUUAUUAGUCCCUCUGAUGGAAAGAUACUUAACUUUGGGCAGGUAAAAAACUGUGAAGUGGAGCAGGUGAAAGGUGUCACUUACUCGCUGGAAUCUUUCUUAGGACCUCGCAUCAGCACGGAGGAGUUGCAUUUUAGGCAAGCACCACCUGGCAACUCAUUUCAGCAACAACUUGUCACCAAGGAAGGGAAUGAGCUCUACCACUGUGUGAUCUACCUUGCGCCCGGGGAUUAUCACUGCUUCCAUUCGCCCACGGACUGGAGGGUGUCCCACCGACGUCACUUCCCAGGCUCUCUGAUGUCUGUGAAUCCUGGGGUUGCCCGCUGGAUCAAGGAACUCUUCUGCCACAAUGAACGGGUUGUCCUUACAGGCGACUGGAAACAUGGCUUCUUCUCCCUAACAGCAGUAGGAGCAACAAACGUGGGCUCCAUCCGAAUCUAUUUUGACCAGGACUUGCAUACCAACAGUCCAAGCUACUCAAAAGGUUCCUACAACGACUUCAGCUUUAUCUCCAACAACAAUAAGGAUGGAAUCUCCAUGAGGAAAGGAGAACAUUUAGGGGAAUUUAACUUAGGCUCCACCAUCGUACUCAUCUUUGAGGCACCCAAGGACUUCAAAUUCCACCUCAAAGCUGGACAGAAAAUCCGCUUUGGAGAGGCACUGGGCUCUCUAUAGAAACUCACAGCAAGAAGGUUUUAUAUAUGGAGGAACUCGAUCACACCACUGAGUGUUUCAUUUAACAAGUAUGUAUCACUCAGCAGGACCUGGGUGAAGAAAAUAGGUCUCAUUGCUGGGGUGGAUUUGAGAGUAUUUGCCCUAUAUUUACAUAAGGCUGCUGAAUGCAGAAAGUCAAAUAGUCAUAUAUGUAUCAGGUACAGUUGCCUUUAAAAACGUUGACCAGGGAGGUUUCAGUCCCACCCUGUGCCUGCAGUCUUUUAUGUUCUCCCCCUCAGUGUGCCACAAGGUAAUUAAUUAUGUUCUCCAAGCUCGUAAGUCCCUUUUAAGCCUUUCUAGGCUUUGCAGGUGCAAUGGGAAGGGUGGAGGUAGAGAUUAGCUGUAUUUAAAGGGACACUGACAGGUUGAUUCAGACCUUGUACCUCAGACUUGUAGUAUCUGGUUGACAGACCUUGAGUUGAGAAUGUAUUCUCAUUUCUGUUUUAAAACAAUCCUCAAAAGUUCUUAAAUAAAAGGCAGCCUGUAAAUGCACAGGAUGUCAAACAGUCAAAGUGGCUAGUAUGGCUUUACAGUCCAAACUAAGCAAUAUGCACAACAGACAGCACCAGUACAAUAGACUCAUCCAGUUUGUUUUCUAAUAUUAAAUAACUUUAGAUCUUUUAUGUGACAUUGU